CACCAUUAAGCUCUCUCUCUCUCUCUCUCAUCAGUCGCAUUACUCUUUCAAGACUUUUUUUUUUCUUUUCUUCCUCAUUUAGAUUCUUAUAGAGAUGAGAGAGAUUUACAAGUAAGCCCACGUUUCUCUAUUCUAUAGAGAGAAACAGCAAAAGUAAACGAGACGGAGACGGAGAAGAAGACGAAGCAAGUUGUGUAAGAAGAAGAAAGAAGAAGACGGACGGCGGUAUAAAGAUAUUUUUUUUAUAUUCAAUUUUUACUUGAUCGGGUCUUCGUCGGAGGAGAGGUAUUGUUGGCGGCGGCGGUGGAGAUUUGAAGUUGUCGUCUGUUUCAAGGUAUUGGGUUGCUUUUGAGUUAGAUUGGAGGAAACCGUUUGAUUAGGUUUUUAAAAUCGUGUGGGAGAGGAGGAGGAUUGGGGGAAUAUAUAUAUAUAUAUAUAUAUAGAUGAAAGCUCUGAGAAGGAUUCAAACGACGUCGUCGUCUUCUAAUCCUUCAUCGCCAUUAUCAUCUCCUCCAGCUUCUUCUUCUUCGUCGUCUUCGUGGAUCCAUUUACGUUCUGCUCUCUUCGUUGUUGCUUCUUCAUCUCCUGCUUCUUGCUCUUCUUCUUCUUCUGAUCGGACACGUCUUAAAUCACCAUGGUCCCGGAGGAAAAGGAAGAAGCCACUCAGACCUCAGCAGUGGAAGAGAUUCUUUAAUCCCGACGGUAGACUACGGAAUGGAGGAGUUGAUUUAUUGAAGAAAGUUCGAAGUAGAGGUAUUGAGCCCAGCAUUCGGCUGGAGGUGUGGCCAUUCCUUCUUGGAGUGUACGGUUUUAAUAGUUCGAAAGAAGAGAGAGUUACUAUAAGAAACCGGAGAAGAAAGGAGUAUGAGAGACUACGCAGGCAGUGCAAACGGCUUCAAAAACACAAUAACGGGACUCUUAAGUUAAACAGGGGGAGUGACACUAUCCAAGAUGAGUACGAUUGGCCUCAAGUGCAAGACACUGACAGUUCAUGUUCUGAUGAAGUUGUCAGUGCCCGCGAGUCUCUCUCAAGUGAUGAAGACAUCACUGAAGAUAUCGGGUACAUGAGUGAAGUUUCGUGUACAGUUGAGAGAGACGGCAGUAGUUCGAGACGAAUCACCAAUGCUACUAUCUCUACACUCAAUUCCGAGUCAUCAGAUUCUGAUUCUUCAGAUGGGAGUGAAGUGGUACAGGUCUUUUACUCUUCCGAUACUCCAGAUGUGAGUAGUACCUAUCCAGCCAACUCAACUAUCCCCAGGACAGAAGAGGAUUUUGUGACGUGGCAGCGUAUCAUUCGUUUAGAUGCCGUGCGUGCUAACUCAGAGUGGACCCCUUAUUCUCCAUCUCAGGCAGUAAUAUCAGAGGACAGAGCAUGUCGUGCCGCUGAAGCAGUCGGGCUAAAAGAUUACAAUCACUUGGAACCGUACAAAAUAUUUCAAGCUGCUCGGCUAGUUGCUGUUCUUGAAGCUUAUGCUUUGUAUGACCCUGACAUUGGGUAUUGCCAAGGAAUGAGCGAUCUUCUCUCUCCUAUACUCUCUGUAAUCCCUGAUGACCAUGAAGUGUUUUGGUGCUUCGUCGGGUUUAUGAAGAAAGCUCGUCACAAUUUCAGACUGGACGAGGUUGGAAUCAGAAGACAACUCAACAUAGUCUCAAAGAUAAUCAAAUCCAAAGACUCUCAGCUUUACAGGCACUUAGAGAAACUCCAAGCUGAAGACUGUUUCUUUGUGUACAGAAUGGUUGUAGUGAUGUUCAGACGAGAGCUAACACUCGAUCAGACACUCUGUCUAUGGGAAGUGAUGUGGGCAGAUCAAGCAGCAAUCAGAGCAGGGAUGGGGAAAUCUGCAUGGAGCAGGAUAAGGCAGCGUGCACCUCCAACGGAUGAUUUGGUGCUCUAUGCUAUAGCGGCCUCGGUGUUGCAAAGAAGGAAACUUAUAAUAGAGAAAUACAACAGCAUGGAUGAGAUUCUAAGGGAGUGUCAUAGUAUGGCAGGACAAUUAGAUGUGUGGAAGCUCCUGGAUGAUGCACAUGACCUCGUCGUUACUCUACACACCAAGAUUGAACAUUCAUUCUCAUAAAUUUUGAUCUAUUUUUCUUUCCUGCGACUUGUCCAAGAUGGAUUCUUGGUGAACUCCCUGGUUCCGUGCAGGCCCGAAUUGGGCCGUGAACUCUCUUAUCUGUUUAUCCUGGCCGAUUGAAAUGAGGCUAGAGAUUGGAAGGAGUUGUUCUGGUGAAGAGAGAGGGGGUGUGUAAUUUUAUUAAAAUAAAUGUAUGUGUGUGUUGUGAAGAUUGUGAAAAAGGUUGAGGAGGGUUUUUCUAAAUCCCUCAGGGAAAGAUAUUCUUUUACUUGAAAAUAUAUGCAUAUGGAAACAAAGCUGUGCAAAGAUGUCGAUUUAGAAGAA